UCACACAAAUCUCUUUCCGCCAUUUUCCAAUUGUUUCCUUCCUCAAAACCCCAACAAAAUUUCUUGAAUCAAAUUGCUGUUUCUCUGUAAAAGGAUUUCGUGGAUUACUUCUGAAAACUCUUGUUCUUGAACCCUAACUCUUUCUUUCUACAGACAAAAUCCCCCCAUUUUGUUUCCAUCGCCAUUUCUUGGACCCUAACAAGUUGUUGUUCUCCGUAUGAAGAUCAAAAAGGGUUUAAUCAUGGAUUAUUUCAAAAAUAUACCGGAUGAGAUUACUUUAGAGAUAUUAUCUCGGGUACAGGUUGAAUCGGUGCUCGAUUGUAAAUUAGUUUGUAGAAAUUGGAGAAACAUCGUUUCUAAUGGUCGAUCAUUCAAUCAGAUGCACUCGCAUCAUUCUAUUGCUGCUGAAGAUUCCUGUAAGUUGGGUUUUCUUGCUUUAAUUGAGAAUAAUGGAUUUUACUUUUUUUGAAUAUAAUGAUGAUCAGAAUCAUGAGUUAAGAAACCCCAUUGAGAGAGUUAGAAGGCUGAUUACAACACCAGCUAAGGGUACUUGCUUUGUUGGUUCCUUUAAUGGUUUAAUCUGUCUUGUUAGAGAAGAAGCAUGUAAACCUGUUUGUAUUUGCAAUCCUUUCACCAAAGAGUAUGUCAACCUUCCAGAAAUCAGGAUAGAUGGUGAUGAUUUUGAUUUUUGCACAUUCGGAUUUGGUUACCUUCCUUCAACAAUUGAGUACAAAGUGGUAGCAAUACAUGUGUCCAAGACCAAGCUUAUAGAAGUCUACAUAUACACACUAGGCAGUGGCAAUGGAUGGAGAGACCUCGGAAAGUUCAAUUCUGAAUUCUGCCCUAUGUAUAAUCAACGUCAUGAACAUGGUAGCUUUGCCAAUGGAUCUAUUUAUUGGGCUGGCGCUAAUCUACAAACGAUCUUGACCUUUGACUUGAUUGAGGAAAAGUUCUGCGGACAUUUUGCACCUCCUCCUUCCCCACCAGACACUGAUUUGGAAAGUCAUACAAUAGGGGUUUUGGGUGAAUUUUUGUAUAUUUCUAUACUUGAUGACGAAGAAGAAGGUUUUGACAUAUGGCUAUUAAAAAUGAAGAAUGAUAAUCACGACAAGAAAGAGGGAGAGGAACAUCGCCCAUCGGAAUGGAGUAAAGAGCUUUGGGUUAAUGAAAGACAUUCAUUAGCCCUUACGAAGAGGGGGGAUGUUUUAACUUACAUUAGUAUUGAUAACUAUCUCAACAUUUACGACACAAAAGCUUCAACCUCGAAACCGCUUGUGGAUUUUAAGGAAUUUGUUUGUCGAGUAUUCCCUCACAAGAACACCUUUGUAUCUUUGAAAGAAUUAGGGGAAAAAGAUACGGAAAUAAUCAAGUCAGUUAAAGGAGGCAGAAAGCCGUGAUUCACCUUUCAAGCAGCUACAGGAGGAUGCGAACCCUGACUACAUAGUUAUAAACCGGUAAUCUUUAUUGAGUUUUUGCAGUAGUAUUCAUAUCAUUCUGCAGACUUAGGAGUUUCAUUAACAAGUAACCUUUUUGUGAGCAUUGAUGUUUGACAUUGUGUUAGUGAGUAAUAUACAUCAGAUCCCUUUAUUCUUUCUUUAUAUCGUUGAUCCAACUUAAUGGAAUUGUUUCUAUUUUGGGUUGCUUUGUAAUUUGUGCAUUUUGGUAGUGACCCGACCUUAUUUCAAUGGGAGUGCUGUACACUGUAGUGACUUAUUUUGUUUACACUUGGGGUCGAAUACGCAUAUUCAGGAAAAUUCAUAAAUUUGAUUAGGAAACUGCACUGAAGUUUGUCUUCAUCUGUUUAUAAAUUUUGAACCUUGAGUCAAUCAGGCACAGUUCUCUAUGAUAUCUAACAUGAAUUAUGUAUCCAUUCUGGCAUUCUGUCAUUAACUACAACCAACCUUUAUCAUCAACAAGCUGCUUUUCAAUCUCCAUGGGAAGGAUUAAUGAGCCAGUUACCUUGUAGCCUACAACCAGGAUUCAGAACAAUGAUUCCGCUGGCAGUGAGGAUUUUGACAUCUUCCUCCAAAUGGAUGAGAUUGCACUUAAAUUGUGGUUAUGCACACACUUCAUGCCUACUUCCACAGUUGUGUCAAUUUUCGAUUUGCUUAACUCUGAUUGAGUUAAAUCUCAAGUUGCAACAUUUCAGUCUGAUGAUUAAAAAAAUGGUUUAUGUUUCAUCUUCCAAAAUUAUGGCUGAAACCAGCCGGCGAUUUACUGGUAGUUAAUGAAAAAUGGGGUUGUGACUGGUGAUCCAAAUGGGGCAAUCUUUUGUAGAGAGAACUAUUGAGAGUGUCUGUCCCAAUGUUUUUGGAUGGAAACAAAUAGUAGCAUACCAUACUACCAUGAAAGGAAAGUUUCAGGAAAAGAUGAUAUGGCAAGUAUAUACCAAUAAUUGUAAAUGAAUUCCAUCCUCCAACAUGUCCAUCUUACUUUAUGGACAUGUUUUGGCUUUCCUAGUUCCAGCUGGCCUAAUUGCAUGCUUUCUUCCACUAUCAGCUGCCAGUUCCUUGGAUGUCCUCUAUACAGUAACACCAAUAUAUUUCUCGGGAGUCAUGAGGAUGCUUAUAUUUUCCCCAGCAGGAUGCAUUAUGGCUGAAAUUUAUCUUUCUGGAGCUUUUGACGUCUUCACUGGCUCAGUAAAAUUUCAACUGCCUGGAUUACCAGGGGAUUCUGAUGUAAGCCUGUUUCCGGUUGUCUUGCUUGUGCACAUUCUUCCCAGGACGUGGUACAAAAUAGCGUAGACAAGGAUGAGUCAAAUGCAGCUGCUGAUAAAAGCGAAGAAUUUCUGAAGGAACGUCUAUCAAAAAAGAACAAGAAAAAUCAAAAAAGAACCUGUUGUGGAGGCAUCUUUUAAGUCCACAAUUCAGAAGAGAUUUCUGGUCUUACCUUUGGAGGCAUCUAUCAUUGCCCUUCUCUUGCUUAUUUUAUUGGGUGCCUUUUCUGUGGUGUGCUCUUCGGGAGAUUAUACCUUUAUUAUUAACCUUAUCCCAAUACAUGUGCUUCUGUGCAUUGCAACUGGUCGUUACUCUCUUUAGCUGUAUGGUGUGUAUGCUCCUCUUGUGUCUUGGCCCCUGGGUACAUUAUCGGCUUCAUUGGUGCUUGUUGUUCGAUUCAAAGCUGUGAUGACCUUGGAACACUUCGCAUUGUUUUUGAUUCGGCUGAUGCUUGUAUUCGGCCCAGCAGUAGCAUUAUGGCUGGAAUUGCUCUUUCUGGAGCUUUUGAUGUUAUCACAUGCUCGGUCAAAUUUCAGUUACCUGGAUUACUUGGGGAUCGUGAUGGGAUAUUAUUACUUCCGGGCAUGUGGUACAAAAUGGCGUAAGCAAGGGUUAUUCAAAUGCAGCUUUAGAGAAAAGCGAAGAAACUCUGAAAGAACUUACAUCUAAGAAGAAUCAAGUCAUUAAGUCUUCACCCUUGGAAUUGGAUGGUGAGCAUAUUUUGCAUCUUCUUUUCUGCCCAGAAUUGAAGACCAAGUUCAACUAGCACAAAAGGAAAAGGCAGGGAUGAGCUUGUGUCUGUGGAGAGAUUUUUUCUGCACGUUGAGUGUUAUUAACAUAUACAAAUUGGUAAAAAGUUUGUAGCUCAGGUUUUGUAUCAUUUUUUUUUUAUAAAAGGAAGAGAGUAAUUUUUAUGAUG